GGCGCGCCCACCACCACGGCUGCGCCGUCCUCAGAGUCCCCGGUGGCGCUGGUGUCUGCGACCGGCAGCCGCGCCAGCUGCGGCGCCGUCUGCGUGAUGGCCGUCGUGGCGGGCAGCGCCCUGCUGCUGUCCGCCGCCGUCGCCACCCUCUACUGGAGGUACAGGCUGUGCAGACGCGCCCAGUGCGAGCGGAAGCUGGCGGCGGCGGGCGCGGCGGCGGCCUCCGCCUCGGACUACGUGCAGCGCGCGCACUGCCUGCUGCCGCACGACGACAGGCCGCCGGUGGACCCGCAGUGGGAGUUUCCGCGCUCUCGCCUGCUGCUGGAGAAGACGCUGGGGGAGGGAGAGUUCGGCCGCGUGCUGCGCGCCAGGGCCAUCGACAUCGCCGGCGUCACGGGUGCAACGACGGUGGCGGUGAAGACGCUGAAGGAGGGCGCGGGCGGCAGCGAGCAGCAGGCGCUGCUGUCGGAGUACGAGCUGCUGAAGGCGGUGUCGCACCCGCACGUGGUGCGCCUGCUGGGCGCCUGCACCUCGCCCGCCGGCCCGCUCUACCUCAUCAUCGAGUUCGCCGAGCACGGCUCCCUCAGGAACUACUUACGGAAGAUUCGACAUCUGGAACUGAGUUCCGCCCCUGUGAGCCGAAUCACCCCUCGGGACAUCCUCAACUUUGCCUGGCAGAUCGCUAAAGGCAUGGCUUACCUCAGCGACAUGAAGCUGGUUCAUCGUGAUUUGGCUGCACGCAACGUCCUGGUAGCCUCGGGCGGCGUCUGCAAAAUAUCCGAUUUUGGGCUCACCAGAGACGUCUACGAAGACGAUGCCUACCUGAAGAAGAGUAAAGGGAGAGUGCCGGUGAAGUGGAUGGCGCCCGAGUCGCUGUCGGACCACGUGUACACGAGCAAGUCGGACGUGUGGGGGUUCGGCGUGCUGCUGUGGGAGCUGGUGACGCUGGGCGCCUCGCCCUACCCCGGCGUCGCGCUGCACAAGCUCUUCAGCCUGCUGAGGGCCGGCUACCGCAUGGAGCGGCCCGACAGCUGCUCGCCCGCACUGUACAAAGUGAUGAGGCGCUGCUGGCUGGAAGAGCCGUCCGAUCGUCCUUCAUUUAAGGAACUGACGUACACGUUUGAGAAGAUGCUAGAAGACUCAGUGGAAUAUCUGAACCUGGAUGCCCUUGUAGUUCAAAACUACGCUUACUUCAACUCAACGACUCUCUCCCAAGAUAAACUAAAUACUGAUGGCCUAGAGCACGGAACAAUGAUGACAGUACCACUGGAUGUGAUCAAAGACAUUAUGCCACCCAGUGAUUCCUGGCAACAAACUGAAUUCCAUGAAGGUCUAUUGCCCAGUUUGACCGAAAAGCAGGAAGAGUCUUCACUUUUCAGUACUGUGGGGAACAGUUAUUUGAGUCCUGUACGAAUAGUCAAGAGCAAAGCGCGCUUGUCACCCUACAUGAACAUGGUUGGAAGAAGUGAUGCAGAAAAAUCAAAGUCAGAUAGUGGGAACAGUGCCGUCUCCUACACGGCUGUGAGUGAGGUCUCCAGCCCUUCUUCCUCUAAUAUGACGACGUUGUAGAGGGAAGGAACACGAAAUAGGAGCUCUAGAAACGAUUCGGGUGAGAUCAGUCAAGGUGUAAUACAAUCGUUUUAUGCCGUCAUAAGGUUUCUUUACAACCUUAUUCUCUUAAAGGCUGCGUCUAUUCCAUUUUAUUGCGAGUUAGUUGCUACUCCUGAAUGUCUGCGUACAUGUGUGUGACCUAUUGGACAACAUACUGCCCUUACACAUGCGAAGAACAUUUUUUUAAAUAAAG